AUGCCGUUGCUUCAGAAGCUGGCGGGGUAUCCCAACCUGCUGCUGGCAGGCAACCCGUCCAAGGGCGACCUGGGGACGCUGGCCUCGGCCAUCGUCUUCGCCAUCGCCUCGGGCGUGCCCUUCCCCAUCAUCGGCAUCAUCUUCGGUGAGCUGCUCGACAACUUCAACUCCAUCUCCUGCGCCGAGUCCGACGGCACCACCGACUCCUCCUCCGCCAGCAGCAUCAACAGCGAGAUCCUGCUGAUCGUCUACCUGGCCAUCGCCCAGUUCGUCCUCAUCUAUGGCCACCUCACGUGCUGGACCCUGUACGGGGCCCGUCUGUCCCAGCGCCUGCGCGAGAACUACCUGCAGAACCUGCUGCGGCAGGAGCCCUCCUUCUUCGACAACCUGCCCCCGGGCGAGGUGUCCUCCCGCCUGAACAGCGACAUCCAGACCAUCCGGUCCGGCACGUCCGAGAAGGUCGGCAUCACCCUGGCCAGUUUCUCCUUUUUUGUCACCGCGUAUAUCGUCGCCUUCAUCAAGGAUUAUCGGUUGGCAGCCAUCUUGAUCUGCCUGGUUCCGGCCUACUUCAUCAUGUCCUUCGUCGGCAGCCACUACAUCGAGAAGUACUCUGGUCUCAUGUCCGACCACGCCGCCAGCGCCGCGUCCAUUGCCUCCGAGGCCCUCUCCAACAUCGUGGUCGUGCAGGCGUUCGGCGCCAACCCCAAGCUCGAGGAGAAGUUCUCCGGCGCGCUCAAGGCCUCGGAAACGGAGGGCCUGAAGAAGGCCACCGCUGUCGGCAUCCAGUCCGGGGUGCUGUACUUCAUUGCGUACUCGGCCAACGGUCUGGCUUUCUGGUAUGGAAGUCGACAGGUCGCCGAUGGACUGACUGGAUCCGGGGGCGUCACCGUGGGUGCCACGUUCACCGUUAUUUUCGUCCUGAUUGAAGCCACCCUGCUUCUCAGUCAGGUCGCCCCCUUCCUCCACCUGUUCAUCGCGGCCGUUGCAUCCUACGGCAAGCUGCGCGACGACAUCGACCGCGUGCCGCUGAUCGACGGCACCACCGACGCGGGCAUCCGUCUCACCCGGGCCGAAGGUGGCUUCGAGUUCAAGAACGUCUCGUUCACGUAUCCCUCCCGGCCGGAGGUCACCGUCCUCGACCAGAUCAGCCUCAGCAUCCCCGCCAACAAGCAUACCGCUCUCGUGGGCCUGUCGGGGAGUGGAAAGUCGACCAUCGCCGGUCUGGUGACCCGACUGUACGAUGCCAACGAGGGCGAGAUCCUCUUUGAUGGCCACAACCUCCGUGAUGUCAACACCCGGGACCUGCGCGGCUUCCUCAGUCUGGUACAGCAGGAGCCGUCUCUUCUCGACCGGUCCCUGCUGGAGAACAUCGCCCACGGUCUGAUGAACUCGAGUAACUCCAACCAUGCGCACCUCAAGGCCACGCUGCUUAGCUCUGAACUUUCUGACCUCGCUAGCGAAGUCAGAGAUGGCGCCGAUAUGAUGGCCGCGGCAGAGAAGCGCGGGCCUGAUGUUGUGGAAAUUGUCAACAUGUCCAAACACGCGGCUGUUCUCGCCGAUGCCGACACGUUCAUCUCUGCCCUGCAGCAUGGAUACGCCACGAUGGUGGGCUCCAGUGGCCGCCUUAUCAGCGGUGGCCAGAAGCAGCGUGUGUCGCUGGCAAGAGCCCUGGUCAAGGACCCCGCCGUUCUCAUCCUCGACGAAGCCACCGCGUCUCUCGACUCCCGCAGUGAACAACGCAUCCAGAAGGCCAUCAACAACAUCUCCAGCGGAAGAACCAUGAUCACCAUCGCCCAUCGCCUGUCGACCAUCACCAGCGCCGACAACAUCAUCGUCAUGCACAAGGGCCACAUCGUUGAGCAAGGCAACCACGCCGAGCUGAUGGCCAUGGACGCCGCGUACGCCGACCUGGUCAAGCUGCAGGGCAUGAGCUCCACCAAGACCGACACCGCCGUCUCUGUCGACACCAUCAGCCGCUCGGACCAGACCUCCCUGACCGACGCGGACAACGAGAAGGCCAGUCUCGACGAGAAGGCCGAGGACACCCAGGUCUCCACCACGGAAACCCCCGAAGACAACGACGACGACGAAGAGGAGGAGCCCGAAACCCCAAAGCGAUCCCUCUGGGCCCUGGCCAAGGGCUACGCACCGGCCCUCCGCCCGCACCUGGUGUACAUCGUCGCGGCCCUCCUCGGGGCCAGCAUCGUCGGCGGCGCCUUCUCCGGGGAGGCAGUCAUCUUCGGUAACACUGUCGGCAGUCUGAACCCCUGCAAGGGCGCGGCCAGCAUCCGGUCCCACGGAGAGUUCUUUGGACUGAUGUUCUUCGUGCUGGCCAUCAUCGAGUUCUUCGCCAACGUGGUCAGCUGGGCCGGCUUCGGCUGGGUGUCGGAGAAGAUUGUCUACACGGUGCGCGUGCUGUCCUUCCGGUCUCUCUUCGAGCAGGACCUGCAAUGGCAUCAGUCGGAAGGCCGCUCGCCAGCCCUACUCCUCUCGUACAUCACCCGCGACGGCAACGCGCUGGCCGGACUGAGCGGCUCCGUCAUCGGCACCCUGUUCUCCAUCUCCGUCAACCUCGUCGCCGCCAUCAUCAUGACCCACAUCAUCGCCUGGCGCAUCGCCCUGGUCUGUCUCGCCCUGGUGCCCCUCCUCCUCGGCGCCGGUCUCAUGGAGCUCCGCGUGCUCGGCAAGUUCGAGGAGAAGCACGAAACCGCAUACACCAAGUCGGUCGACAUCGGCGUCGAAGCCGUCACCUCCAUCAAGACCAUCGCCGCCCUCUCCCUGGAGGAAGACACCCUCAAUAUCUACCGGGAAUCCCUGAUCGGGCCCCGCCAGGAAACCCUGCACGUCACCCUGCAAGCCAGUCUCUGGCAAGCCAUGACCUACUUCCUGGGCAACCUGGUCAACGCCCUGGCCUACUGGUGGGGCGCCAAGCAGAUCAUCGACGGCAACUACACGCAGACGCAGUUCCUGAUCGUGGUGUUCUCCCUGCUCGUCAGCGCCCUGCUCUGGAGCCAAAUGUUCGCACUGGCCCCCGAACUCUCCAGCGCGCGCGCCGCCAUGGCGCGCAUCCUGUGGCUGAUCGAGCUCGGCUCCGACAAGAUGCAGGGCCGGGUCCCUGCACCGCACAGCCCAUCCUCCUCCCCAUCCGCCCUCGCCCUCGACCUCGAAUCCCCCGAGCCCAAAGCCCCCCUCCCCCUCACCUCCGCCGCCCACGUGCAGCUCCAGAACAUCCACUUCUCCUACCCAGCCCGCCCGGACAUCGAGGUCCUCAAGGGCCUAACCGUCAACCUCGCCCCGGGCAAAUUCUGCGCGCUGGUCGGACCCAGCGGCGCGGGCAAAUCGACCAUCAUCUCGCUGAUCGAACGCCUCUACACGCCCUCCUCAGGGAGCAUCCUCCUCGACGGCAGCGACAUCAAAUCCCGCCCAGUCUCCUUCCGCGACACCAUCUCCCUCGUGCCCCAGGAAAGCGUCCUCUUCGAAGGCUCCAUCUCCUUCAACAUCUCCCUCGGCGCCCGCCCCGGCACCAUCCCCACCCAAUCCGAAAUCGAAGACGCAUGCAAGCUGGCCAACAUCCACGAUACCAUCGCCGCGCUGCCCGACGGCUACCAGACCCUAUGCGGACCGAACGGGAACCAGUUCUCCGGCGGCCAGAAGCAGAGACUCUCCAUCGCGAGGGCGCUGGUUCGGAAACCGAGACUGUUGAUCCUGGAUGAGUCGACGAGCGCGUUGGAUGCCGAGUCGGAAAAGUUGCUCCAGGAUGGUCUGGAGAGGGCCGCGAAGGGCAUCACCGUCGUGGCGAUCGCGCAUCGUUUGAAUACUAUCCGCAAGGCGGAUGUGAUUUAUCUUAUUGAGGGGGGACGCUGUGUGGAUGAGGGCUCGCACGAGGAGUUGUUGACCAGGAGUGAGAGUUAUCGCGCCAAUGUGUUGCAUCAGACUGUUGCUUAGAACUCUUUUUCUCGGACUGGGACUGGGGGUUCGGUUUGUUCGGUUUGGUUUGGUU